ACAUCACCCCUUUCUUCUCAUCUUUCACUGUGUCAUUUCACAGCAGCUGAGCCACCAUCUGUCUCUGUCAGUCAGCCCGCCCGCCGUAGCGUCACUCUGCGGUCGAUUCGUUUUCCCCUAUCGUUGAUUGGCCAAUGCUUAGUCUCUCGAUUUCCAGGACAUUUCCCAGUCACAUGGUCCCAGUCAACAAUGUCAGAAAACUCAAACAGUAAUGGAUCCAACUCUAGUUGGACCAUGGUUAGCCCAGAGGAUUCUGCAGCAGAAACUGAGAGCUCUGGAGACAAUGGCAUAGAAAGUCUUUCUGCUGAAACAGUAGCAGAAUUUCCAACUAGUUCUGAAUUGGAGCCAUUGCUCCCACAUACAGAACAGCUAUCAUCAUUUGAAGAUCAGCCGGUGAAGAAGGUCUUGCUGGAAAAAGAAGGUGCAGAAAGUGAAACAUUUGAAAAAAAUCUUACUCAGGAAGAAUCAAAUGUUGUUACCAUCCCUCAGUCUAUUGGCUGUCUUGAGGAAGAUGAGGAGGAGGGGGAGAUUGGCCAAAAGUCUGGCACAGCACAGAAAAUGGCUAACAUUGGCAAACAAGCAGUGCGGUUGGUGAUCCCAUUGGUACAGACUGUGUCUCUGGAUGGCAUCUGCAGAUGGGGGAAGCGGCUGAUUGGACGCAAAGCUGCCGGAGAAGAUUUGGAUGAGUUGAGCUCAAGUAGCGAGGAGAGUGGAAACACUGUACGGAGGAGACUUGGUACUGAAGCAAAGUCCCCAACUGGGGCCGACUUCAUUGAGAGAGGCCAGCAUGAAGUACGUGUGGAUCAGGAGCAAUGGUGGGAUGGACUUACUCUGAACAAGUGUAUCAUUGGCGCUUUAGUUCUUCUUGGUUUGGGAGUAGUUUUGUUUUCAGGUUCUUAUACUGAAAUUGAGGAUGAUGAGGGGCUGGAGACACAGGAACUGAAACAAGAGGCUUUAACCCAGACUCUGGAUUGGCAAAACAUAAAUAUGGAACAACUUCAAGAAGACCCACAAGCACUGCAGAUAUUGACAAAAUUGUUGGACAAAUUGGCUAAAGAAAAUCAGCAGAUACGUCUCAUGCAGGCACAGCUCCAAACGGAGAAGGAAGAACUACAAACUGUGCUGGAGAAAACUGAAGCCACCAUGCAAUGCCCGGAACUUGUUCAGAAGAACACUCAGCUCAUGCAGAAAGUUCAGUUGUUGCCUGCCCUCCAGGAGGAGGUAGAGAUUCUACGACAGAAGGUGACCGAAUUUAACGUCACAGGUAGUACUUCUUCACUGUUAAACAUAACCCUGGAGUCUGAGAACCGAAGACUGGCAGAGGAACUAAAGAUUGAAAAGGGAAAAACCUCUGCAUUGCUGAAUCAGAAGGAGACCUUGGUGGCCGAGACACUGAUGUUAAGACAAGAGCUCGAUAAACAAAGAGUGCUUCUAGAGAGCAUGAGAACAGAGCUGGAAGGCCUGGUUGGAAAUUCAAAUGGCACUUACACAGAAGGCGAAAGAACGGUUAGAGGAACACGAAUUAGAGAGAGCUUAGUGGAACUGGAGAAGAGACUGGCUUUGGAGCUCCAACAUUCUGAAAAACUGAAGGAUAAAAAAUAUAGCCCUCACACACGGUUUCAUCAAGAUCAGAAAAAAGAGAUGAAAAAUAAGGUUGAGAUGGCUGGGGCAGGUAAAGUGCAUGAAUGGAAGGAAAUGGGAGACAAGAAAGAUUUUAGAAAGAAAGAAGGGCAUGUAGAAGGCCAGCUGAAUGAAAAAGAGGACACGUGGAAGACUAAGAAGGAAGAGGAAUGGAAAAUGAGGAAAGAAGGGGAUUGGAAGACAAGGAAAGAAAGGAAUAUAAAGAGAGAAGAUGAGGAAACUUGGAAAGAUAGAAAGGAAUAUAGUUUGCACAAAACUGAGCAUAAACAUGUACAUUCACAAUGGAAUAAAGAAAACAAACCACAGGGAGAGGACAAGGGUGACAUGCAUAAAGUUAAAAGGCACUGGGAAACUCCUGGAGAAGGAGCAGCCAGACCUGAUCAUCGUCAUCAUGAGCAUAACAAGUUUUGGAAAAAUGAUGGAGAGCGCAAGAAGCAUUAUCGAGCACCAGAAGGCUGCACAGGCAUUGAGGAAUGUGCUCACAAGGAAGGCAUGGAGCACUUCAAAACCUCACUGAAGCCUGUCCAACAACAAGACUUUGGGAAAAUUCUUGGUGCCUAUCUUGAGAAGGUGAAAGAUCAAAUCAGCAGACAAGAGCUGAAGAAGUUCUCGGAUGGAUUCUUUGAGAAUGGUGUCUUUGUUCACGAUCGGAUGUUUUUCCGAGAUUUUGUUGAAGACGUUGAGGAAAUGCUUGAAGAUAUAAUCGAGAGACAGGGAGGGAAUGAUGAUGAGGUUGAAGAAUUUGACGAGGAGGUCUUCCACCAUUUCUUUGGUGUUGAACGUGGCAAAAACAGGCACAACAUGAAGGUAAAGAUGAAGAAACAGUGGCAGCAGCAGCAGCAUCACAACAAACCACACAAAAAACAGAAAGAUGGGAUGAAGAAGCACUUCUAUAAAGAUAAGCGAGAGAAAUACCAAGAGGACUGGCCUCACAAGAGGAAGCGCUGGGAGUGGCAUGGGGCCUCAGUGAGCCACCAUCCAAGACAUUAAAA